AUGGAGAAAGAGAAGUUCCAGCAGAAGGCUCUGAAGCAAACUAAGCAGAAGAAAUCCAAGUCGGCUGAAUUUCUGAUGGUAAAAGAAGAGAGAGCAGCAACAGAAGGCAUUGAAAAUCCAGCUUUUAACAUCAGCAGCACAGAUCUUUCAGCAUAUCAGCCUUCAGAAGAGAAAGUUAUUAGACAUGACAAGCCAGAUAACACCCUUGAAGCUCACCAACAAAAUCUCGGGCUGCAAGCCCAUGCUGAACCAAGAGGAAAUGAAUACAGCAGAAAUUACUUUGACCCAUUGAUGGAUGAGGAAAUAAACCCAAGGCAGUGUGGGAUGGAGGUCAGUGAAGAAGAUCCUGUGAAAUUUGAUGAGCAAAUCCUGUACGGUAAACUGAUGAAGCUUCUAGAUGAAGAAAACAGGGUGCUGGACUUCCAAGCCCGCGUUGCCAGUGAAGAUUUUCCAGAUUCUGUGAUGCCUGUCAGCUCCAGUAAGGCACGUGACCUUCACAGGGAGCUUGAAGAUGAAGUGAUUCCUUCAUAUAUCGAACAGUUUGAGAGAGAUGUUCAGGAUGACAUAAUUCUGCUUGGCAGCUUUUCACUGGAACAGGUUGACUGCUCCAAGACACUGCAGCGGAUAGAAAUUCACAUCAAAUGCCUGAGGGGAGUCAAAGACAAGGUCCCCAAAGGCCGCUACACCCUCAAAGUUUCUGUUCUCAGCCGCUUAGGUGGUGCCUCACUCGAGUGGCCCCACCUGAAAGAGCAGCCUCAGGCCAGGACAACGCUGCCUGUUAGUCACGAUGGAAACUUCUACAACACUGAAAUCUACUUCGGACAAAGUAUCCAGACAGUAUCUGUCAGAGAAAUCAUGGAUCCGGGAUUCCUCCCUAGGCAGCACACGCACAUCCAGCUUCCUGCCUUGAAGACAAACUGCCGUUCUGCCUCUGAAGUGAAACUGUCCAGGGGGGUUGUCGAGCGUUUCCAUUUUGUGGUAUACGCAGCCUUCUUAGAGCUGGGAGCUGCGCACUGGCGCUCCGGGGACUUCUGGCUCCUUGCGCUGUUGGUAGUGUUGCUUUGGUUUGUGAGACUUUACCUGCAUUAUAUGAGCCAAUGGCUCUUCCUUCAGACCAUCUCAGUUCCUGUGACAAAAUUCCAGCUUUUCCCUCACACUGUCGAACUGUGCUACCAGAACUCCUUGCUGCAGACCGGUGAAGAGUUGGUCAUGGUUGUGGUGGGACCCCUAACCUUGAACGCAUGGCUUCUUCUUAUGGUCCUGAUCAGAUGGGGCUGUCAGCAGCUGUUUGACUCAUUCCCUUCCUUCUUGUCGAAGUUUAUCAUAGCUCUGGGACUCUGGACAGUGCUAGACCCCUUGGCAGUGUUUGUAGUGGAUUCAGUCCUGGGGCGACUUGGGAACAGUGUAGAGAAACCCAUUGCUGAUGCUGCAAAGCUCUACUGGGUCUUUGUAAGAGCAGAGGAGUCAGGGAUUCCUGGUGCCUUAAUCACUGUGAUGCUUUAUGCAGUCCUGUUCAUCAUCUCGUCGACAGUGUUGUACCUGUACAUUUUAAGGCUACACAGUGAAGGUUGGCUGUUGGAUGUAUUUCGACGCAUUCAUGGUGAGGAAGGCACAUUCUUUGUUCCACUGGACUUAGAGAUUUCAAGUCAGGAGCUGAGUUACAUCAUGAAGAGGGCUGAGCAGUGGAGAGGAACCAAUGGUGAAAGACGGAUGGUGAGUGGCGAACAGAGUCUCCAAAAGGAGUCUCUGACACACUGGUCCAAACUAACGCUCAAUGUUCCCGGAUAUUACCUGAAAGGACCUAGGUGUACAAGAAAAUUAUUCAUGGGGUGUUUCUUUGAAUGGAGAAGUUAA